AUGAACCGUCUACAAGAGAUUGCCAAAACGAAUCCAAAGUUUAUUGUUUUCUCCGAGCGUCCGUUGUUGUUUGUACCUGUGGAAUGGACUCAAAAACUACGGGAUUCGAAUUUCGGAGAAUCCGAGGCAGCCCCACAACGCCUAGAGAAACUGAAUUCUGAUACACAAUCAUCAGUGCCGCGGUCGGCGAAAGAGUGCAAAGAGCGUGAUGAUCACAAAUGUGUUUUGACGGGAAAGCCGAAUCCGGAUGCUGCCCAUAUAUUCCCCUAUUACAUGAUCAAUCCACGGUCGAAAGCUGAUCGAAACAAAAUGUUCAACGGGGUCCCCGAGUUCUGGACAUCUUUACGAAUCUUCUGGGACGAAAACCGGGUCAAUAAAUGGAAACGGACGAUCUUUCAAGAUCAUCAACAUCAAAAUCCUUAUGCCAGUGUUGACCGGUGCUUUAAUCUCAUCUCCCUUUCGGUCGAAACACAUGAUAUGUGGAAAAUGGGCAUGUUUGCACUUAAGCCGCUGCAACUUUCAAGUGAUCGCUUGGAUUUUGUCGAGGGAUAUUUCUUACCUCGUAUUCAGGGUGAUGGCUCAACUCCGCGUAUUUGUUCUGGAGAGAUUCUUACACUCACUACCAAGGACCCUGAAAACUUACCGUUACCAAGUCUGGAACUCUUAGAGAUGAAAUGGUUUCUCCAACGUCUCGUGGGAAUGUCUGGUGCUGCUCGAUAUCCAAUUCUGGACUUCGACGACGAUGAAAGUGAAGAUGACAGUAGCUGGUCCGCUCCAGAACGCACCCCCGAUGUGGACAAUUCUCUUGAAAUGGGUCUGUGA